CAAAAUAUCACCUAAUUAAAAACUUCUCUCGAUCUCUUUUUGUGUCUUUCUUUAAUUAUUUCACAUAUAUAUAUAUAUACAUGGCUUCAUUGAGUUCGAGAAGGUCAACAUGGACGCCUCAAGAGAACAAGGUGUUCGAGAGGGCUUUGGCUCACUACGAUACCCAAACGCCGGACAGGUGGCACAACAUUGCCAGGGCUGUGGGCGGCGGCAAGACGGCAGAAGACUGCAAGUCUCACUUCCAGCUACUUCUUGAAGAUCUUUGUGAAAUCGAGUCUGGCCGUGUUCCCUUUACCAAUUACAUGUCAUCAUAAUCAUCAUCCACCUUGCUUCUUAAGCAUACAUGAUCAAAGAACAAGUCUGGCCAACACUAAUUCAUCUACUUUUAUUUUACUUUAAUGUUUAUUUGUUCUAACUAAGUUUAAUGAACUCACUUAAUUCCUUAUCAAUUACUUUUAACACUAUAAUGAAUCCUUCAUUCCUCAUGUUACUUACUAAUAUAUCUUAAAGUAUAACCCAAGUUGACACUUAAUUAAUUAUUGUA